GCACUUACAACACAAAGCAGUCAUCAAAAAGAAAGAAAAAUGAGGACGACGACAACAAAAGUAGAAAUUUGGAAGUCACCAAUACCAUAUCUCUUUGGUGGUCUGUCUUUGCUUCUUUUGCUUAUAGCUUUGGCAUUACUCUCAUUGGUCUGCACACACAAAAAAUCUCCUUCUUCUUCUUCUAACAACAACGAUCCUAUCGAGGAAGACGACGACGCCGGAGACAUGGAAGCUAAGAUAACUAUGGCAGAGUACUCACCUAAGAUCGUUGUGAUUUUGGCCGGAGACGAUAGACCUAGUUGCUUGGCCGUUCCGGUGAUUCCUCCUCCGUCUUCCAUAUAUCCUUGUAACUGCGGCAAUGUUACCGUCGUCCCAACCUAACCUUUAACAUCUUUUUCUUUUUUAGCAAAGAAAAAGAAUAAGAGAUUUUCAACUUUUGCAAUAAUCAUCGGCAAUUUUGUAAUAGUCGACAGUUUUUUGGUGGGUACUAGUAUAAAUUAAGUUUUGUUUAA